CGCGCAAGUGGCGGCUGCGUCAUUGACAAGUGCGGGCGCUGGUUGUUGGUCACGUGUUGGCGGGGGUGGAGUUGUUCUGGGAAAUUGGGGGAGAGUGCUGGCGGUGGUGACCGGGAUGAUGAGUGAGGAAUGGACUGAGAGUUGGAAGGAUGACGAGUCAGCUUUGGUGCCGAGAGAUGCAACACAGCGCCAUGAAUCAGCAAGAGCUUCCUUUGCUUCCUCUGUGUUUAACAUAAUGCAUGCCAUCAUGGGAAGUGGCAUCCUAGGCCUGGCAUAUGCAAUGGCAAGUACAGGAAUUAUCGGUUUCAGUCUCUUAUUGCUCUUUGUUGCUGUUGUGGCUGCAUAUUCAGUUCAUCUGCUGCUCGUGUUGUGUGAACAAACUGCACUGACUUCCUAUGAAGACCUUGGGUUUUACGCCUUUAAGACAACUGGGAAGGUUAUGGUUGCUGGUGCAAUACUUAUACAAAACAUUGGAGAAAGACUGCAAGGAGAAGCCUGGGAACUACAGACCACUAUGUCAUCUUAUCUGUUCAUAAUAAAGUCUGAACUGCCUGCUGCAAUUGCUGGUUUCCUACACAACAGCUACGAUGGGACUCCAUGGUAUCUUAAUGGACAGAUUCUCCUUCUUGUUACGGUUAUCUUCGUUGUUCUGCCCCUUGCUCUUCUUCCUAAAAUAGAGUUUCUCGGUUAUACAAGUGGUUUGUCCAUCUUGUUCAUGGUCUACUUUACCAUUGUGGUUGUGUUUAAAAAAUGGUUCAUUCCUUGCCCACUGUUUAAUGGCACUGUAAAUUAUGUUCAGAACUUUAGUUCCGAUGAAUGUAAACCAAGGCUUCUACAAAUUUCAACCAAGAGUGCGUAUGCAAUUCCAACAAUGGCAUUUUCAUUUCUUUGCCACACUUCUGUGUUGCCAAUUUACUGUGAACUUAAAAGGCCUUCAAAGAGCAGGAUGCAAAAAGCAGUUAACAUAGGAAUGACUCUCAGUUUUUCGAUCUACAUGCUUUCUGCCUUGUUUGGCUACCUGACAUUUUAUGCCAAUGUGAGCUCUCAGUUGCUGCACAGUUAUAGCCAGUAUCUGCCACGGGACACCGUCAUCAUGUCAGUUAGAAUAUGUAUACUCUUCUCUGUGCUUCUGACAGUGCCUCUAAUCCAUUUCCCACAUCCUGUUAAUGAAUGCCACUAUGCAGAAGUUACAUGUGAGCCUGUGUGGAGCAGCUAGCUUUACAAAUUGUACAAAUAUUUGAGGUACCUUACUCUUGUAGUUCAUCUGAAGUAGGCCGGGCAUUUUUUUUGAAGAUCAAAAUGGCAGAUUUAGGCCUAUUCAUGAGUUUGCAAAAUAUAUAGAGGAAACAAUCUGAUCAGGAUGGACAUCAUCUUACAGGGAUGUUUUUGAUGCACCCUAUUUGAGCUUGUGCUGAGCAAGCGACUCAUGUUCUGUUCACAAGGUUGCCAUUAAGACUAAUCUUAACAUGUGGAACUGUAAGAAUUCCAACUUCUGUGUUGCCAGUGAAGGUAGAUUUGCAGUAGUCAAGAACCCCCUGGCAGAUUUUAACUCCCACAUCAAGGGAUGGGAGCUCAUUUGACUGCUCCAACAAAGUUAAAUUUAGGUGCAGUUUGAAUCCCAUUGAGGCAUAUGAGCAAAUCUUAAAUGCAGCUGCAGAUUCAAAUACAGCAAAUAUGCCAACUACUUGUGGAAAGUAUGCAAGGGUUGGGAGGCUAGGAGUCAUCCCACCCGAAGGGAUGUUUCUCAUGGAUCCCAACAAAGACAAUUGAGAUCUGGGUCAUGAGAUCCUAUGGUUGCAGCAUCUGUUUGAGAAUAUGUGAGGUCUUUAAAUCAACUGUACAAAUUGGUUAGUUCAUCAGUUCAAUCAAUACAGAUUCAAACAUUCGGUCUAGAUUACCAUUUUAUGCUUCAGUGUCUGACGUCCUUCAGUGGUACACUGAAUGGGCCAGCAAUGUUAAAUGAGCCCAAGGAUGUAGACUUGAAUUUCAAUAAUGAUACUAUGGUCCUCACAAAUGAGGAUUAAGUUGAUUAAUUCGUGGAUAAUUACAGGAAGUGUCCCACAGUGAAACAGUCUGGGAAGGGUGUCAAAAGUGACACUAGGCAAGAGGAAACAGCUGAUUCAAUGGAUAAGGUUGUGUAACUAUUCAUACUAUUUAUUUUAUCAGGCAGGACAAGAAUGGAUAUUCUUGGAGUACCUUCUAGUGUGGUGGAGAGGGUUUAAACUAAAAUGGCAGGGAGACAGAUGAGAAGGAAACAAGGGCAAAAACCAAAUUUAAAGGAAAUAAGUGACAUGUAGACUAUUCCAGGGCAAGAGUCAAACAGGCCAUAGUGCACAAGCAUCAAGAAUCUUAACAAGACUAAGGCCUUGCCUUGAUGUGCAGAGCAUUCGCAAUAAAGUGGAUUA